GAGAUCCUGACCCAGGAUGUCCACGCCUUCGGCGCCGCAGCAGGCGCCCCGGCGCCCGAGCUCGCCCCGCGCUGCCCCGCGCCCACGGCGCUCCACGUGCCGCCGCCCCCGGCCCUGCAGCCGCGGCCAGCGCAGGGCAGCGCCGACGCCGCGCGCGGCCACGUCGU